GGGCGGUCCUAGCCGCUCACCGAAAGAAGAAAAGCCACCCAUUCCUCCCCCUCCCCUAACCUCCCAUCCUUUGCCCAGGAGCUGCCUUCAUCGCAGUCACGCCCCUUCCUUCCGAGGAGCUUUCUGGCUGCCUAAACUGGUAGACCCCUGAAUUACUCCUCCAUCUCUUCUCUUUUGCCUCCUCUCCUCUUAGUUCCUACCGCCUCCCCCACACUGCCACCACCUCCAGUCUGUCUAGCUUCCCACCAUCCGCUGCUCCACCCUCCGGCCCGGUAUCCUGCCUGUCCACUGCCGCCAAGGAGAUCCCGGACGGAGCAGCGAGGAGGGGAGCAGCCAGGAGUUGGGGCUUCCCCCCUGCCCAUCCCUGGCCUCUGGCCCGCGACCGAAGCCACUUCAGCUAGCAGAGAGUCGUCAUCUUCAUUGCCUUCAGGGAGCUGCUGAGAAGGAUAACAGAAGUGAAAGAGUGUUUGACUUCUUAGAAGGAAGACUGAAGAACUAAAGAGUGACCAGUGGUUGGACUCUUGGCGGCGCUUACCCUGAACCUGAGUUUUAGGGGAGAGGGAAUCUGCCGGUGCGGUUUCUGGAGCUGCUCAUAAGCAAGAAUUCCCUAUCCUGAUCAAGGCUUUAAGCCUAAAAGAAAGCAGAAAUAGGUCAAGGGCAGCCCAGGUGCCCAAUUUCUCUCUCUCUUCACAAGGCACCACCAGCGAUAGAGAUGAGAAAUUCUGAGGAACAGCCAAGCGGAGGAACCACAGUAUUGCAGCGUCUGCUACAAGAGCAGCUUCGCUAUGGCAAUCCUAAUGAGAAUCGCAAUCUGCUUGCCAUACAUCAGCAAGCCACAGGGAAUGGCCCUCCUUUCCCCGCUGGCAGUGGGAACCCAGGCCCUCAGAAUGAUGUGUUGAGUCCCCAAGACCACCACCAACAGCUUGUGGCACAUGCCGCUCGGCAGGAACCCCAGGGCCAGGAAAUCCAAUCAGAAAAUAUUAUCAUGGAGAAGCAGUUAUCUCCUCGAAUGCAGAAUAAUGAAGAACUCCCGACCUAUGAAGAGGCCAAGGUCCAGUCCCAAUACUUUCGAGGCCAACAGCAUGCCAGUGUUGGAGCUGCCUUCUAUGUCACUGGAGUCACUAACCAGAAGAUGAGAACCGAGGGACGUCCAUCAGUCCAGCGGCUCAAUCCUGGGAAGAUGCACCAAGAUGAAGGACUAAGAGACCUCAAGCAAGGACAUGUCCGCUCCUUGAGUGAACGACUAAUGCAGAUGUCACUAGCCACCAGUGGGGUUAAGGCACAUCCACCUGUUACCAGUGCUCCCCUCUCCCCACCACAACCCAAUGAACUCUACAAGAAUCCCACAACUUCCAGUGAAUUCUACAAGGCCCAAGGGCCACCUCCCAACCAGCAUAGUCUGAAGGGCAUGGAACACCGAGGCCCCCCACCAGAAUAUCCUUUCAAGGGCAUGCCACCCCAGUCUGUAGUGUGCAAGCCCCAAGAGCCAGGGCACUUCUAUAGUGAGCAUCGCCUGAACCAGCCAGGGAGAACAGAGGGGCAACUGAUGAGGUAUCAGCAUCCCCCUGAGUAUGGAGCAGCCAGGCCAACGCAGGACAUCUCCUUGCCAUUGUCGGCCAGGAACUCUCAGCCUCACAGCCCUACUUCUUCCCUGACAUCUGGAGGUUCCUUGCCCUUGCUGCAGUCUCCACCAUCUACCAGAUUGUCUCCAGCCCAACAUCCCUUGGUUCCAAACCAAGGUGACCACUCAACUCACCUUCCUAGGCCACAGCAGCAUUUCCUUCCUAAUCAGGUUCACCAGGGCGAUCAUUACCGUCUCUCCCAACCUGGGCUGAGUCAGCAGCAACAGCAGCAGCAGCAGCAGCAUCACCAUCAGCAACAGCAGCAGCAGCAGCAGUCAGGAGAAGCCUAUUCAGCUAUGCCUCGUGCUCAGCAGUCAGCUUCUUAUCAGCCCAUGCCAGCCGAUCCUUUUGCCAUUGUUUCCAGAGCCCAGCAGAUGGUUGAGAUCCUCUCGGAUGAGAACCGAAACUUGCGGCAGGAGUUGGAAGGGUGCUAUGAAAAGGUGGCCAGGUUGCAGAAGGUGGAGACAGAAAUCCAGCGGGUCUCAGAGGCAUAUGAGAACCUAGUGAAGUCAUCCUCCAAAAGAGAGGCUCUGGAGAAAGCCAUGAGGAACAAGUUGGAGGGCGAGAUUCGGAGGAUGCAUGACUUCAACAGGGAUUUGAGAGAGCGUCUAGAGACAGCCAACAAGCAACUUGCGGAAAAGGAGUAUGAGGGAUCCGAGGAUACCAGGAAAACCAUCUCUCAGCUCUUCGCAAAAAAUAAAGAAAGCCAGCGGGAGAAGGAGAAGCUGGAAGCAGAGCUGGCCACUGCCCGUUCUACCAAUGAGGACCAAAGGCGACAUAUUGAAAUCCGAGACCAGGCUCUGAGCAAUGCCCAGGCCAAGGUGGUGAAGCUGGAAGAAGAGCUGAAAAAGAAGCAAGUGUAUGUAGAUAAAGUGGAGAAGAUGCAGCAGGCCCUUGUACAGCUCCAGGCAGCAUGUGAGAAACGUGAGCAGCUGGAGCACCGACUCCGGACACGACUGGAAAGGGAACUGGAAUCCCUCCGAAUUCAGCAGCGCCAGGGCAACUCUCAGCCUACCAAUGUUUCAGAAUACAAUGCCACUGCCCUGAUGGAGCUCCUUCGGGAAAAGGAGGAGAGAAUUCUGGCCCUGGAAGCUGAUAUGACAAAGUGGGAACAGAAGUAUUUGGAGGAGAAUGUGAUGAGACAUUUUGCUCUGGAUGCAGCAGCAACCGUGGCUGCUCAGAGGGAUACAACAGUCAUCAACCACUCUCCUAACACUAGCUAUGACACAGCUCUAGAAGCUCGUAUCCAGAAGGAAGAGGAAGAAAUCUUGAUGGCCAACAAGCGUUGCCUGGACAUGGAGGGCAGGAUCAAAACCCUCCAUGCCCAGAUUAUUGAGAAGGAUGCCAUGAUCAAGGUACUCCAGCAGCGUUCCCGGAAGGAGCCGAGUAAGACAGAACAGCUGUCAUCCAUGCGGCCAGCAAAGUCUCUGAUGUCUAUUUCCAAUGCUGGGUCAGGCUUGCUCUCCCACUCAUCCACCCUGACUGGUACACCCAUCAUGGAAGAAAAGCGGGAUGAUAAGAGCUGGAAGGGGAGCCUAGGCAUUCUUCUGGGUGGAGACUACCGUGCCGAGUCUGUCCCAUCCACGCCUUCACCUGUGCCCCCCUCCACUCCCCUGCUCUCGGCUCACUCCAAGACAGGCAGCCGAGACUGCAGCACCCAAACUGAACGUGGAACCGAACCGAACAAAACUGCAGCUGUUGCUCCCAUCUCUGUUCCUGCUCCAGUUGCUGCUGCCACCGCUGCUGCCGCCAUCACUGCCACCGCUGCCACCAACACCGCCACUGCUGCCACCAACACCACCACCAUGGUAGCUGCUGCUCCAGUUGCUGUUGCUGCUGCUCCAUCUGCUGCUGCUGUUGCUGCUGCCCAGUCUCCAGCAACUGCUGCUGCUAUUUCUGCUGCUGUUUCUCCAGCUGCUGCUGCUCAGUUUCCAGCUGCUGUAUCUGCUGUUGCUGCUGCUGCUGCUCCUGCUGCUGCUGCUGCUGCUGCUGCUGCUGCUGCUCAGGUUGCUCCAGCUGCUUCGGCUCCGGUUCCAGCUCCAGCUCCGGUUCCAGCUCCAACAGCGGCUCAGGCUUCUGCUCCGGCUCAGGCUCAGGCACCAACUCCAGCUCCGUCUGCGGCUCCUGCUCCAGCUCCAGCUCCAACUCCAGCUUUGGCUCAGGCUGAGGCUCCUGCAAGCCCAGCUACCGGUUCUGGAACACGUCGUUUGUCUAUAACAAGUUUGACCUGCAAUCCAGACAAGACAGAUGGCCCUGCUUUCCACUCCAAUACUCUGGAAAGAAAAGCUCCCAUUCAGAUCCUGACCCAGGAGCCUGAUACAGAGAUGGUGGAAUAUCUCAUCUAAAUAGCCCAAUCAAGAGCUGCAGUUUCUCAGCAAGAAUGAAUUAAUCAUUUUCUUCAUUUGUUUGUUCUUAUUUUGAGGGUGAAUACAAGGGUUGGGGGGAGGGGAUGUUUUUUAAAGGGACUUUUUAUUGGAACAAAGUAGUACUUUAGUCAUACCAUAUGAACUCCAGUCUAUUCUUGAUUCUCUAGGAAGUACUUCUAAAAGAUAAAUUGAUCAGAAUGUGCUCUAAAGUUUAUUGUUUGGAGUUAUAGAAAUAUUGGGACUGUUAACAGGUAGAUACACAUCCAUGUUUUCAAUGUGCUUAAAGUUGCUUAAAAUGUCCCUAUUUGAGAUCAGUUUUUAUUGAUGAGCACAGUAUGUGUAGAAGACAGUGUGGAACAUGUAGUUUGUAAGUGGGAAGCCAGAGAGAACUUGAGUGUGUGCUGUCUUCUCUAAACAGCAGCCACAGAAAACUCUCGAUUCAGGCUCAUGAAAUGGAAUAAUUUUAGUAGCUGUGUAAGCUGGAGAAAAGGUAGGGAGUAUUGGGGUAUGAAAGGGUGCUAGAGCUAAUUCUGUCUCCGAGUUGCCCAGCUACCCUGCCCCAGCAGAUUGUAUUGAUCUUCAUUUCAGUGGUGCUUUGGAAGUGGAUUUUUUUGGUUCCCUCCUGGAGGUUCAUGCAUUCAUAUAUGUACUCUGGAGUUAUUUAUGCAUUUGGAUAAUUAAUAUAUUGCUUUCAGAUGCUAGGAGAGUAAAUUAACUGAGUGAUGCACAACUUCCUGUCUUGUAGGGAGUUAUAUCAGGUGCCUUGAUGGAGAGUUUCAUGAGAUUUUGCACAUAGACUUCUGUGGUCUGGGUGUAGCCAUGAACAGUGCUUACUGACCUUUCAUACAAUCAAUUGGCUUAGUGUUUAUUUCUUCUACAGCACAGAUUCACUGGUUGGGUCACCAGUCUCCAAAUUGCCAGUCAUGGGCAAAGUUAGGAGCAUUUUUGUUGACAGGUUGAAUGCUUUGAAUUUCUGGUGACUACUUUAGAAUAGUUCAUUUUGUUUUCCUAAAUUGUUAGCAUAUGUCUGCAUAGGCAUAUGUGACUGUCACCUCCAAGGGAAUAGCAUCAGAAGUCCAAAGUACCAUGCUGCAGUCAGGGGAGAGGUUGAUUGCAGCAGUCUCUUCAACUACCUCUUCUCAGUGCCAGUGACUCCAUCUUGGAAUCCCUUUGGGAAGCAGUGGGAAAUGUGCAUGUGGGCAGGAACCAAAGGAGGCCUUGCCAUAUUGCUGCCUCCAGGGACACAGAGGGAUGCCAAUUUCCACAGGUCCCUGCCCUGUGUCACCUUUCUGCCUUUCAUUAAGGUGACAGAUCUGCAGAUAGUGUCAUUAAGAUCAGUUUUCAAGGGUAUAGGGAGGGUGAGGGGGUGUGGGAGGGUGCUAGGUAAGGGUAGGGGUGGGUAGAUGUUUGGGGAUGUAUUACUUAAAAUCCAGACUAAUAGAAGGGUAGCCUGAUGUAUUAUGUCAUGAGCCACAGUGGUGGGAAGGAACUGUAGCAAUGUAGCUCUACCCCCUGAUUUUAGUGGUGAGGAAUAUGAGACUUGGAGAGGUUCAGUGACUCUUUCAGGAUCAGAUAGCACAUCUGUCCAUUCUCCCAAUUGCCAUGCUUAUUUUGGGAACUCCUAUUCAAAAAAGAAGAACCUAUUUUAAGAAAAGGCAUCUUCAUGGUCCAGGAUAUAUGUAUUUUUAAAGCAUCCCUGGUUUGAGUAGUUUGUCCAGGGUUCUGAAUUUUUCUUUUGCCUCUCCUGCAGUGCCUUCUAUAAGAUUUUCCCUUUCCUGAUCCCCAUUUCAAUAUUGAGUUGUGUGAAAUGUCUCCUUAAGAAAUCAACUCCACUUUUUUUUCUCUCUAUGACAUUGGGUAUCUUGGGUGAUCUUACAGGGUUCCUCUGUGAGUAUAGGAAUGGUGUAUUUACCAGUAUUCUUUCGUAGUUCAUAAUUAUCUUCCAAAGGAAUUACUGUGUGUGUGUGUGAGAUAGGGAUGGACAAGAGGGAAGGUAUUUUGAUUUUCAGCCAGUCUUUUCACAUUUUCAGUAACAAAGUAAUCAUCCUACACAUUAGUCCUCAAUUAUAAAGUGAAUGACAAAUAGAAAUUGAAAGAGCAGUUGUGCCCAUUCUCAUUCAUACUACCCAUUUAAGAAAAGAGCCCCAAACCUCAAAUAGUAGAAGCAACAGAUAACAAACUUCAGGAGAGCUACUUUAUAUCCAAGCAAAUAAAUUUAAAAAAUAAUAAAUCUUUCAUGGUUAUAACACAUUGCUUGAAUUUUGGGGGCUCUGGGAGCCAUGAUUAUAGUCACAUUCUGUAAGGCGACAGAUGUCAUAUCACACUGUGUGGCAGCUAUCUCUUUAGAUUUGUGUGUUUGGGGGAAAGGAGGAAGUUCUUGCCUAAGUACUAUUUUGAACUUUCCAGAACUUUUCUGCCCUUUCACAAUAGAGGCAGUCCCUCUUUGCUCAGUUUUCAGCCCUAGGUAAUUUGCUAAAAUAACAUUUUACAUCUAAGAGAUGAAAUAAGACCAUGUUGAUGUAUCCUGUUUAUGCAAAAGAUAGACCCUACCCUUUCAGAAUGUCUUUACUGAAAGUGUCAUUUCAAAAAUUCAGGUUUAUGGGAGAGAUCUCAAGUUAGCCAUCUUUUCACCAUUGUGUGGAUAUAACAUUUGAAGGAUCUUUCUGGAAUCCACCGAUCUAUGUAUUUUACUGGCACCUCAUAGAACAAGAGGGUGACCUUGUUGUCUUAACUUGUACUGCCUGGUGGUCUAUGGGGACCUUUGAUUUCAAUUGUACAUCAAUGUCCCAUGUCCAGGAAAACUUCAUUAGAACAAGUUUUACUUGAUCUAAAAUUCCUAUUAACAAUGUUCUGGAAUGAAAAGUAGCUUGAACUUUCUUUUAAAUUCAUGUAUCUUGAUUAUUGUCUUAAUGAAGGAUUUAAUCCCAGUGCUGCUUUUGAGCUUCAGGGUGACAGGAGAGCAGGAACAUGAAAUAUCUGGCAUAGGAAAUAUACCAAGAGACCCAUCCUGAUUUCCUUUUGUUGUUACACUGUUGGAUGGGUAUAACAAUUAGGAAAUGAACAAAUUGAUUGUGCAAACUACUUUUUCUGAAGAGCCUAAAUCAUUCGACUGCUUGAAGUAUAUUAUGCAUAUAUACUAACUUGGAUAAAUUUAAUUCUCACAUCCAUAAGCCAUACAAUCUCCUGUUAUCUCAAAUGCUCAUUCAUAUAUGGAAUGUUACUUAAGAUGUGUGCCUUCUUACUGAAAGUGUUUUCAAGGGAAGGCAUCAGCUGUGGGCUAAUUGCCAACAAUUUCAGUCCUCCAUGAUCCUUGGAAUAUAUCUUCCAAGUGCCAUCUAUCAUCAGUAGGACAAGUGUCGGGAGUUUGUUUAUUUUCUUCCAGUAGCAACGAUGGGUUACAUGGAGCUCUCAAACCUCCUUCUGGCCUCCCUUGUGAUUAAUGGCAUGUGUUUGUAAAAUGGAUAGCUGGGGUUGGCAGAUGGCUAGAGAAGAAUCGCUUUUGAUUUUAAAUGUAUGUGAUCCCAUAAUGAUUGUAAUCCCAUUCUGUAAUCAAUGGAGCUAGUUCCAAUAAAGUGAAGCAGGUUUAAAUCCACUUUGUGCCUAUCUUUUCACUGACAAUAAAGUUAGCUGUUUUAACAUGCA